AUGCUGCUGCUGACGCGGGUCGUGUUGCUCUCAGCGCUCUGCGCCGCGGCGCUCGGCUGCCCCCGCAUCAUCUCUCGCUCCCAGUGGAGGGCCCGGACCCCAAGAAGCAGGGUCCCGCUGAGGACCCCAGUGCCCUACGUCAUCAUCCACCACACGGCAGGGAACCGCUGCUACACACAGGCCUCCUGUAGCGAGCAGGUCAGGGGCAUCCAGAACUACCACAUCAACAAGAGGGGCUGGUCUGACAUCGGCUACAACUUCCUGAUCGGCGAGGACGGCAACGUCUACGAGGGCAGAGGCUGGAGCACGAGGGGGGCCCAUGCCAAGAACUGGAACUCUAGGUCGCUGGGAUUCAGUUUCCUUGGCACCUUCACCAACGGAGUCCCCAACGCUGCUGCCCUGAACGCCGCCAGGAGCCUGAUCCAAUGUGCCGUCUCCAAGGGCUUCCUGAGCCGCAGCUACACCCUGAAGGGGCAUCGCAACGUGAGUCUGACCAGCUGCCCCGGGAACGACCUCUACAGGGUCAUCAGACAGUGGGCCAGGUUCAAACUCUGAGUCCCUGCAGCCUCGGGGCAGCCCCUGUGCCCAUCACUGACCCCGCCUGCGGCUUCUGCCUGCCCAAGCAGCACCUCCGCCCCCCAGCAGGGGGCAGCCUCGCGCUUCUCGCCCACCCGCCUGGGAAGGACCCGGCGGGUGGUUCGCAGAGACCCACAAAGGGGGUUUUAAUUCAAGUGCGAUUUGCCUCUAACCCAGCACCCCUGCGGCUUAGGGCUUGCUUUGCUUGGGAGCUUCUGAGCAGUGACAAUAAACCAGCUUCUAGCACAUGAAAAGUUGAAGCGCCGUGAAUCAUUUCAUCUCCUAUUAAACCAUAACCACCCCCCGCCGCUGGGCUGGGCUGGGAGAGCCCAGAGGGUGAGAUUAUGGUCUGUCAGAGUGGCACUAAGAGGCCCCAUUACGCUAGGUGCUGUACACACAGAGCAUGAGACAGACAGUUCCUGCCCUAAAGAGCUCACGGUCUAACUAGACACAGGGUGGAAGGGGAAACUGAGGCACAGGGAGGGGAAAGGGUUUUGCCCAAGCUCCCAGGCCAGUCAGUGGC